UGCAUUAUAUGCCCGUGGGAGCCAAUGUUAUAUUUUAAAUACAUUUUACUAUGGGCGCUAUCUUGUUGACAAGCUUGACCAAUCGGAUUUCUCGUUGGACGAUCUGGUGCCCAAUUCACCUCUCCUAUUGGUGUUCUCGGUGAAUGUGGGCGGGGCUUAAGGACUGCCUCAGCCAAAACAAGCCGAGUGCGUGCGGCGACACGAGUGUGUUGAAGCAAAGAAGAAGUCAGAGCAGUCAGAAAGUCUGGAGAAGAAAGUGAAUGGACUGACAAAGAAGGUUUUAAGAUAACAUCAGAGACUGAGCCAGGGCGUCAGGUAGGGAACUUUUAUUCUUACUUUAAAAGUGUUCAAUUAAGAUUUGUGCUGUGAAAUCUGCUCAAAGUUGCACGAGAAGAGUGGACGAGCUCAUGCUUGAAGUCAGCUGCAAAAUUUGACUUUGUAAUGGUGUUCCCUGUGAUGGGCUUUGUAGUUUAGCCUCCAGAAAAUGACCAUGUCAGCAUUUCAGCUCAAGUCACAGACUGUGAAGAGUCAGAAAGACAGAAAUAGCCAUUAAAAAGACAAAAGAUUGGUCACACAUCCUACCACACAUACUGAUGAAAAUCAGAUGGUGAUGCAAAGUGAAAGCAAGAGGAUUUUCCAUGCCAAAAAAAAAAAAGUCUUCCAGACCAUUUCUGUUUGUGAAAGACAGGCAGGAAAACAAACCUGAGGAGAGGUUAGAGGUCAAAGCUCAAUAAACACAGCAUGAGUGCUUAACUUUACAAAACCAGUUUCAGAAACUACUCCCAAAUUCCCCCAACAUCCCUGUCACAGAACAGCUGCAGGUGUCCACUGUGAGCUCCACAGAGCUGGUAUUUAUGACAGGGCGUUCAUCUGGAAGCUAGAUUGUCUCCAAGGCCACCCAAAGCAUCAGCUGGUGUAUGUUUGACUCUGGACUGUAGAAAAGAGGAAAACGGAUUUGAUCCUCUAAUGAGUCGAGUUUUGCAUUUCACUGUGAACACCAGGAUUGGCUUCAACUUGGAAUAGUUGAAUGAUGUGUCACAGUUGAGGUUCAGACUUGGUCUCUUAAUACUGUUGUUUUGUUUAAAAAAACACAACUAGUAAAAAUGUAUUGAAAAUUAUUCUGUGGGCUUGACAAGGUAGAGUUUGGUUGCUGUUUCAGUCCUUAUUGUAUUAUGCUGUUUUGUUGUCUGAAUUUCCUGUUUUUCAUAAAGGUGGAUGAUGAUGGACCCCAAUAGUGAGACCAGGAAGAUGACCUCUUACCUUCCAGCUAAUCCUUCUCCAGAGACCCAGAAACAGGCUCCAUUAAAAGGCCCAGGUACAAACACAACAACAACACAUCUGUUAUAUAAUAUGAAUGUAGGUCAGACUUCAGGUAUGUCCUUGCUAUUUUGUAUCAAAAGAGGCCUGUGUGUCAUUAACAUUUUAUUCAGGGUGUACCUGUGUAAUUCAAGGACAUUCACGCACUCCCGCCCUUCAGCGUUAAUUCUCUGGCAUCCAUUGCUCAGCCUCUUUACACACCUAAGUCUGAUAUUAAACUUAAAACUCAUUAUUAAAUAAAUGGGAUCCUGAGUAACAGACACCACUAAUCUGUAUUUUGGGCUUAUGUAAAAGGAGGUUUUUCCUCAGUAAAAAUGUUCAGAUAAUUCAAUAAACCUUCUUCCUGGAACAGAUGUAUGAAAUUCUGAGAACUCAACAAUUGUGAUCGUUCAGCGACUACAGUUUCCCCCCCCUUUUUUUGCUGUAUCGACUGUUUUUCUCAAUCGCUGAUUAAUGAUGAAGCCAAAAGUUGUUUAUGGCUGUAAUUAUGCAUGUGCACCAGGGCGUCCUGACCUUAGUAGCGCAUAAUCGAAAAAUGUCAUGCCCCUUUGUCACAAACUGCCUGCUCAACAAAGUGGAGAAAUAUUUAACUAGCAACAUUUGAUUGCACAAAACAAGAUCAGGUUGCCAAUAAACACUAUUGAAAGUUCUGGUUUUCUUUUAGGGGACGCAAAUGGGACUCCAAAUGGAGUGCCCGGUUAUGAAACCAAGAUGGUCCCUCACCUCUAAUGUGUAAUGUGUAAAAGUUUAACGUUUCUUAAUCCAACCUUGCUGGACCUGGGCCCAGAGAAGCUGCCAGCUUUUCUGGAUCAGCAAAUAUUAAGUUUUCUGUAUGUUAUUGUAGCAGCUAGAUGUCAAGUAGUUUGUUUAGACAGAAGUGAGGCAUCUUUUCUACAAAGCAGACUUCGAUCAGUUGUACAGCUGCUGAAACGGGAUGACUUGUAUCCAUAAGUAGAUGCCUGUAAAUGCAAAAAAGAUAAGGAACGCUUAUCUUCAAGUUGCUUAAUCUGAUGGAAUAAAACAUUUCGAUCAUGCCAAUUAGGACCUCUCAAAUCUGGCAAGCCAUAAAAGAUGUAACAGUGACAGGAUUUCUAACCUUGGGGGAUGAGGUAAAAUGGGACAAUAAGAUUAAGAUUAAGAUUGAGAUUAAGGAUUAUAAUACUUUUUAAAUAGAAGCAGUACAGCCCUGGUUAUAUAGUAGAUUCCUUCUCAUUGUCAGCCAAGUAACGGAGAAGCAGGACACAGAUCCUAUUGCAGACACUGUUGUUUGUCUUGUAUGUUGCGCUGUGAAAACCAAAUUCAAACAGAACGUCUUCCCAAAAAGAUUAUCGGGACACUUGCAACACUUAGCCAUCAAGUUGAUCAGCAAAUAGUACAAAAAGUCAGCGAGUUUUAACAACAAUGAAGGAGCAUCAGUACAAUAACACUUAGAAGGACCUGUAAUCUUGCUUCUUGACAUUUAUAGGUGAAAUAAACGGUCUCCAAUUCAUAAAUUGGUUGGAAAUGUAUAUGAGUCUAUAAUCAGCAGCAGUGCCUUUGUUCUAAAUCAUUAGUUCUGGAUCAGCUUUUUUGUUCGGCUGUUUUGAUUGCUCACAUAGACUAAGCACACUCACUCAACAUGACUUACAAGCAUUCUUUUUGUGAACCUCUGACCUCUGAUUUGCACACAGUCAGCAGGGUUUGAGGAUGUCAUGGCUGGGGAAACUGGCUUUGGUCUUGAUGUUAUGAAACCCACAUCUUGUCUCUGUAGUAUCAAACUGGAGGAGCCUCCUUUUUUUGUUUUCCUCCAGAGGUUAAAUAACAAAUUGUUCGUAAAUUUCUAAAACUUGCUAAAACUGGUUUAAUUUUGAUUGAUGACAGAAACUUCGCAAGUGAUAAUUUUUUUCACAACAGAGACAACAGGCUGUUAACAACCCAACUAGAAGGAACAAAUGAUUUGUAUGGUUGGCUUCAGUCCAGGCAGGUCACAGUGCUAGGUCAGCUACAUAACACUUGAAUGCUGCUCGGUGUCUUCCUCCUGAAAACCUCACUGCUACACAUGCUUGUUGACAUGGAGGCUCCAAUCUGAUCAUCUCAAAAGUCUAUCUAACAGCAGAAUAAAACUCCAAAACAAAAGUGUUAUAGCAUUUAAAUCUAAACUACAAUAACACAAGCAAAAACAAGAAAAGGUCAGGUCGAGAAAAUUUGUGAUGAAAAAAAAAACAACUUUAAUCAGUUCAUUUGAGGCUAAUCCCUUGGUUAGCACAAAACAAGGAAACAAAUGUAAAAUUCCUGGUACGAGGUGUUUUUCCAAAGAAUUACAUGAUCCAAGUUUGGCUGAGCACCAUCUUCUGUAAUUACCAAAUAUGAUAUUUAUUCACUGAAACUGGGUAAAUGAUCGGAUUAUGUUCAGGCUAAUGCGGCAGGUGCCUAGCCUCCAAAUGUUGGGUUAGGAGUUUAACAGCACUGUGUGAGCUAAAUUUAAGGCUCAGUUAUUCAAAGUUUUGAAAGUCUUACAUACAUCCUAAAGCUGCUGAGUAACUUUUGGUUAGUACUGAUUUUAGCACCACCUUGUGGGGAAAGAUGUUCACCUUGGACUUUCCUGAUCUUGUUCUGUCUCUCAAGAUGGUGCUAUCUGUCAAAAACUCAUCCUUCUUUUUUAAGCAAGUUAAUAUUGUAGUGUUUUAUAAUUAAUUCCGUGUUCUAUCAGCAUGGAGGAGGGAAAGUUUCUGUUGCCUAGGCCUAAUAUCGUGACUUCAUUUCUGUGCAGACAAAAAUUACAUAUGGAGUCCCCCAAGGCUCCACCCUGGGGCCUUUUUUCGCUUUUACAUUUAUAUGCUUUCACUUGCUGAGAUAACAAAAUAGAUUACCAUCACUAUAUAGUCGACAAUCAGUCAUAUGUAAGAAUAUCAAUAUAAGCAGCCUGGUCUGCUCAGGUCAUCUGAGACAGAUACAUGGAAACGCAGUGUUGUUCCUGCUCCAUAUACCUGGAAAACUUAAGGAAAUGUCAUGUUUGCUCUUUCAAAUCUAGGUUGGAGACUGGCCCAUUUGACUGCCUUAACAAAUAUACCUAUAUUAAAAUGUACUGUCAUGUUUCUGGUUGUAUUUUUAAGCUGCCUUGUUGUAUUUUGAGCCUCUAAUUUUGUUACUUUUACUUUUUAAUGUCUUUUUUGAAUGAUUUUUAAAUAUUUUCUUUUGAUGUGUUUGUCUGACUUUAGUCGUUUCUCCUUGAAUGACCAGUCUGUGUGUUUCAAAGCUUUAAUCUCAUCCUAUAUUCUGUUUGUUUAUGUCCUUUUCUAUAGGCUGCAGCUGGCUGGUGGUGGUGGCAGCUGUAGCGGCCUCUCUGAGCGGCCUGAUGCUGGGCUAUGAAAUGGGUCUGACCUCUGGAGUCUUGCUGCAGCUGCGGGGCCUCCUCUCUCUGUCCUGCAGGGAGCAGGAACUGCUGGUCAGCUCCCACCUGCUUGGGGCUCUCCUCAUCUGCCUGGCAGGUGGUCCUAUUCUGGACCGCUACGGCCGUCGUUGCUCAUUGCUCCUGAGCGCCGCCCUCGUGGUCGGAGGGACAGUAGUGCUCAUUGCCUUCACCUCGCUUAUUUCACUCACUUUUGGCCGGGUUAUAGUCGGCAUGGGUACAGCUCUGUCAGGGACAGGGGCCUGUCUGUACAUUGCAGAGAUCUCACCGAGGGAGAGGAGGGGUCUGCUGGUGACGCUGUACGAGCUGAUGCUGGUUGUGGGGGUUAUGUUGGGGUUUAGCUGUAGUUACGCCUUUGCCUCUCUGCCUCAUGGCUGGGCGUACACAUUUGGACUGGUAAUCCCUCCUGCACUUCUGCAGUUCAGCGUGCUGUUGUUCCUCCCAUCCAGUCCACGCUUCCUGGUCGCUCAGGGUAAGGUGGGGGAGGCCAAGAAGGUGCUGGCCAGAAUGAGGGGCGGUGUUCAGGAGCAUGUGGAGGUGGAGCUCAGAGACAUUCAGGUUGGACUUAAAGAGGAGUCAGAGUACAGUUUCCGGGAGUUGUUUAGCUCUAAGGCUAACUUGCGCUCACGGCUGCUUACAGGUGUCGCCUUAGUCUUUCUUCAACAGGCUACAGGUCAGCCCAACAUCCUUUCCUACGCUUCUCCUCUCCUUCGCAGCGUUGGCUACGACAGUGACGCCGCAGCGACAUUAGCAUCCACAGGGUUUGGAGUUGUCAAGGUAGUCGGCACCAUCCCUGCUGUGUUGUUAGUUGACCGAGUUGGACCCAAGAGCUUUUUGUGCAUGGGUGCUGUCGCAAUGGGACUGUCACUUAUUGCUCUGGGAACAUUGACUCUGCAAAGCCACACCCACCUCACCAGCCUGUGUAAAAGUCAGACUAUACUGAACCACACACAAACCCCAUGGGAGUUGAAUAGAACUGCUCUGGACUUGGAGGAUACUGACUUUUUCUCCACUGACUAUCCUCCCGCAUGGAUCGAUGAGGCGGCGCAGCAGUCAAAUGUGGUGAAUGACGGGAUAAGGGAGCCAGAAAGAGGAAGGACUCAUGCAGAGGUGUCUUCAUCACUGAGGGUGGCUUCACUGAUCAGUUUGCUGGUGUAUGUGGCAGCCUUCUCCAUAAGCCUUGGGCCAAGUAUGCACCAAUACAGCCAUUCUUUUCAUAUACAGACACACAAAUCAAGCUAAACCAGCAGAUCUGUGACCUACUUUGAGCUUUACUGUGAGGACACCCUUGGGUCUUUCUACCUUAAACAUAGGAUUACCUACUUACUCAGGCAUUUUGCACACCACACCUUUCACAAUGUUGCUGUAUACAAAAUAGCAGCUAUGUUCCAUAUGCAGCAGUAACUGUAGGUCAAUCUGUCUUAUAUAGCAGACUCUAAUGACUGCAUUAUGUAACACAUUAAGGACAAAGUACAGAGAUUUAUCACACAAUCAAUAGGGGUAGUAUGAUAUAGGCUGAAAUGACCUCUAGAUAAAGCAGUCUGGACCCGGACUUAUAAGGUUAAACUCACUCUAAAACUUCACACAAAUGUCUGAAACAUGUUAUCUGUACUCAUGUCUGAUUAAGCUGAAGUGCCUUUGAGCUAAACAUGAGUGCCUGUUGUGUUUCCUUCUGUAGUGGUGUAUGUGGUCCUCAGCGAGAUCUUUCCAAUGGGAGUCAGAGGCAGGGCUGUGUCUGUGGUGUCAGCAGUAAACUGGGCCACCAACCUGCUCAUCUCCAUGACAUUCCUUACAGUAACAGGUGUGUGUAUGUGUGUGUGUGUUAAUCUUUGUUUGUUAUUAACCAGCAGGUUUAGGCUUAUUGAUGAGCUAUCAUUUUAGUGUACCUGAGGUCAGCUAAGGGUACGAACACAGUGUUCUGCUGUGUAAGCAUUUGCUGAAAGAAAUAACCAAAAAAAAUCUCAAUCAAGUUGUUGAAACAAAGACAAAUGACUGUGUGAUGUGUUCAAGACACCAGGAACAAACAAAAGCUUAGAUUUGUGAUCUAAACUAUCAUUUUUUACAGAACCUACAGAAAAAUUAGACUCAGUCAACUCAGGUUGGAACGGUUCUGGCUCCUUAACUUUCUCUACAUGCAAGAGCAGCUAACAAUUUAUUCCAGAUCAAAUAUUUUAAUCUUAGCAACUAGUGUUGUGUCAUUCAUGAACGAUUCAUUCAAAAGAAUAGAACUGCUGAGUGAAUGACGUGAAUGGAAUCACCCCAAGACCUGAUUCAUUCUUUUCUCAGUUCAGUUGAGCUCAGCUGCAAGCCUGGUGUGCCGGUUGGGAGUGGAACUACCGCCUUUGACUCUUUGGCAAACGACACAUAGCCAGCCAGCGGGAUGGCGGAGUCCCUUGAUUUGCUCACAGUGAUUAAACAACCUAUAUCAGUCAGCCUGUGAACAAAACGAACGACUUCUGACUUGAGGCAGGCAGAGGAAAGAGGGGUGUAGUGUCGUUCACGAACUGCCAAACUGUAUAUUCAUUUUUAAUCUCUCUACUUUUCCGGAUAUAAAAGAACGACGACUCGUGCUCUUUUGCGGGCGUGCUGCUUGCUGCUGUGUUGUUUCACUUGCGUUGCGCCGCGAACGUUGGUGGCCCACAGAGAGGAGAACAAACCAUCAAUGAAGAACUCCUGAUCAGUGCCGCUGUGUCACUCACUUGUGUGCUGCACCUGGCAGGACAGGGUUCCGAAAUACUGACUGAUUUGGUGAACAAAUCUUUUGAAUGAAUCAUUUUAAUGAACACAUUCUAAAGACUCAGUACAAUCAUAAAAACUGUUCUCUCCGUCACUAUGAGCAACAACUCUGCCUGCUCCUGCUAGGAUUUUAAACCUGACGAAUCUUGCUUUUUUACUUUUUACUUAUCGGCAAUAUGGCGUCAUUUUCUAACAAAUUUAAGACCUGCUGACUGCAAGUUAACAACAAGACAGCUGUUUUCUUUGUGAUCUCAGCGGAUCAAUUAAUCAGCACGUCUCUACUGAACAUACAGAUAAGUUUGUUUCCAGAGGUGACGUUGUUAUCAGAUAUUAUCCAAUAGAUUUCAGUAUUUCUGAGCAGAAAGAAAUGUUCCAAAGUUUUUUUCCGGACAUGGAUUCAAAUCAGAUAUUUCCAGGUGUCAUAAAGUCAACCUUUCAAGUUAAGUCAACCUUUAUUUAAAACAAACCAAGGUGCUUUACAAAGUAAAGAAAGGAUAACAAUAAUUAAUAAAUGUUUUUAAAAAGUGCCUGAAUCUGUCAGGAUGACUGCAUCCUCAUCCCGAGGUGAAAGCCAAAGAGAAAAGAUGGGUCUAUAGUGAAGAUUGCAAACAUUUAACAGUGGGUGUGGACAUUGUUCCCAUCAAUAGUUCCUAUUAAUCUGACCUGCUCUGAAGUCACACUGCAGCAAAAUAGUUUCCCUACAUCUAAUCAGCCAGUCGCUCUUUAGGUCAGCUUUGAUAGCAGUGAGUCAAGGAGUAGUUUUUCAAGCCCCGUGACCUGAUUUGUAAUUGAACUACAGCACAGCCUCCAUGAAGACGUGGGCUACACAUGUAUUACUUUGAUCUGUUUCUCCAGAAAGAAUCGGCGUGCCAAACGUGAUGUUUCUCUAUGCCGCCAUGAGCUUCGUUCUGCUGGUGUUUGUCAUCCUCUGUAUCCCCGAGACCAAAGGGCGCACGCUGGAGGAGAUAUCAAAAGAGCUGGCGAAGAAGUGAGGCAGCCUACAUUUGACCUACCUGUUUGUUUACCUUAUGUGAAAUUUGUCAUGAAGUUUCUCCUUCCUUUGUUUCACCAGGAGGCACUUUGAGCUGAAGGUGUACCGGCAGGUUCAACCUAAGGAGAGCCAGAUCAGCAAGAGCAGCGUGUCCAAAGAUAUCCCAGCAAACGUCUAACUCUGUAAACAGACAAAAACUGCACACCUCACAUACCGAGCAGGGAUCAACAAGGACAAUACUAUAGCACUGUUAAAAAUGAACGCCUCUCCAUCGCUGUAGCUUCAGCUGAUUCCUACGUCUGUCAUUUCAUGUGUUCUAGCUACAAAACUGCAUGUGUACGACAAAAUCUCAAGAUACAUGCAGUCAAGAUACAUGCACUCAAUUAAGUAUUUGCUUGAAAGCUCUGGGUUCGACCUUGCAGGGUGAAAGGCGGUAAAGACAGGUCAAAAUGAGGAUCUGAUUUGUUAAAUGUAUGUAAUAUUCAUGUAACCUCUUCCCUCUCCAUUUUAGGAGUUCUGCACCAUCCAAAAGGAGAGGGAAGUUUCCCCCUUUUUUUUUAGUUAUUAAAGAGGUUUCAUUUUUCCAGAACACUGUAGCGCACAUGUUCUCUUCAGAUCUGAUUUUAUUCACCCUUAGGAAGUCAAAAAUGUCCCAAACACUCCCACAAACAUGUGAUAUACACAGUGUUUGCUGGAUUGCAGAUCAACUUGCACACAAGGAAAAUUUUAAUGUUAUUCCCCCUGUAAAGUAUUAUGUAAUAACACAAACAAAACUAGUCAAAGAUCAGUUUUGCGACGCUCAUGAAGGGCCUCAGUGACACUUUGUUUUAUGAGGGUGUGACAUCAAGGAAAUAAAAAUGAAUUAACAGCUUGUGAAUGCUCAACAAGCAACCACGAUAAUGGAUGUGGUUUUCAUCACUUUUAAAUCGUGCUUGGUGGGUCAUAAAACGUGAACUGUUUUUAGGUCAGUGACACUCAGAAACUGGACUUUUGUAGUUGAUCCGCAGGUUUACUAAAAACUGUGUUUUUUUACUUAAGUGUAUUGCAUUCACUUACAAAAAAAAAAAGAAAACUGUUUUUUUGGGGUAUUUUUUUUUCUUUCUGUUUUUCUAUUUUUUUCUUCUUCUGUUUUUUGUACUAAUAUUUUCUUUUUCUGACAAAUUAUUUUUUUCUGUCUUUCUUUUCUUUUAGGACUAUUUUUUUCCCUUCCUGACUAAGCGCGAUACUUAAAAAACCUGUGAGAAUAUCAUACAAUCAGGUAAUGUUAACCACCACGGCUGCUCCAAAUCAGUGGAUUCUCCAGCUCCCAGAUAACUUUGACUACGAGGUCAAUGAGAGUAAAGCAUGUUAUUAAACAUAGGGUAUGUAAAUCCUGAGGUGCCUGCGCAAAGUAGACAAACUUGUGACGACUCCAUCUAACGGACUUAAAGAAAGGAGUAUCUCCCAGUGUCUCAAACAAAUAAGAAAUUAAAACUUGAUUAAACUAAACAAGUGGGCCAUGUUUGCUUCCAAUAAAUUGAGCAGAGGGGGAAGAAAGUUUCUGUUUUUAAAUGACCAUGACCCCAGAGAAUAGGAAAAACAAUUAGUCUGAAAAACAAAAUAAACAAACAAAAAAAAAGUCUGAAGAGCAAAAAUUAGCCAAAAAAUUACUCUGGAAAAAAAAAAAUCAGUUCGAAAAACAGAAAAAAUUCCUCUGAAAACAGAAAAAAAAAUAGACCGAAAAUCAGAAGAGAAAAAUUCUCUGAAAAAGUUUUUGUUGUUGAAUGCAAUACGCUUCUGUAUUUUUUGAUAUAAGUUGCACAUUUUUAUUUUAAAACAUGCGUUUCUUUUUUGAUAAUGUAGCUUUGUAUUAAAGAUUGUGUAUGAAACCACUCCAUAUUUUAUAAAGUCCAUUCAGAUACAUCAAGGAAAGAAAUGUACAAAGAGUCAAACACAGAGCAGCAGUCAGGUUGUGCCUUGUUUCAUGAAUGACCUUUAUUUUAUUUUUUUUACAAAAUACAAAAUUUUGGACAAAUGCCACACACUUCUGCAUCGCACAGGCCAUCCCACAUUCUUGACACAACAUAUCAUGUUUUUGUUGACAUCUUCUCUUGCUGCUUUCACUAUUUACAUCCAAAUACGUUGCUUUUCAGUAGGUUCCUAUUAAAAAAAACUUCACCUUUCACUGUUGUUAUUUUCUUCUUUAUCUUUAAAUGGUUUGAUAUGCAAACACUGGGGGGACUGGGGUUAUAUUGUAAGCCUGGCCUCUAUGAACACUUGUCAUGGUCCUAUACUGUAUUAAAAAGUGUAUGAAUUUAUCUUCAAA